AAAGGCCGUUAACCAGCAUGUUCAUGCUUGAAUAUUUUCUUUCCCUUGUGAAAACUUGAAGAAAAGGCAGUCAUGAGUCUCAGCGCAAAAGACAAGUCCGUGGUGAAGGCUAUCUGGGCCAAAGUGUCCCCGAAGUCCGCCGAGAUUGGAGCUGAGGCUCUGGCCAGGAUGCUGACUGUAUACCCGCAGACCAAGACUUACUUUUCCCACUGGUCUGAUCUCAGUCCUGAAUCCCCUAAAGUGAGAGCCCAUGGUGCAACCAUCAUGGCGGCCGUUGGCGACGCUGUCGGAAAGAUGGAUGACCUUGCUGGUGGUCUCAUCAACCUCAGCGAGCUGCAUGCCUUCAAGCUCAGAGUGGAUCCUGCCAACUUCAGGAUCCUGGCCCACAACAUCAUCUUGGUUUUGGCCAUGCUCUUCCCCGCAGAUUUCACUGCUGAAGUCCAUGUCUCCGUUGACAAGUUCCUGCAGAACCUGGCUUUGGCUCUGUCCGAGAGAUACCGCUAAACUCCAGUGAUCCAGGAUUCAAUUCAAAUUUCAAUUCAAGUCUAGACCGAACUCCUUAUAAACAGGGGCAUCGACUGCAUACAAUGCGGCAUGUCGUCCACAACAACGCCAACAUCCCUUUUAACAUGGAAGGGCUUGCUGAAUAAAAUGAAUAAAAUGUA